AUAUUUAAAAAAACAAAUGGCAAGAACAAGACAAACGGCGAGAGCCUUCCACAACAGCAGACCAGAAGAACCCUGCUUUACCAAUGAUGUUCAACAAACAGAAUUAUUCAGCAAAUUGUUGAGAGAAAAUUGUCAAGCUUUACGUUCGGAUGAUGAUAAAUCUUUGCACUCGAGACUUGCCCAAUACAAGAAUUGUACCAAACUUGCCCAAUUGUGGAUGUUGGAAGAUAUGAUGAAGAGUGAGAAUGAUCAUGAUCAAUCAAUCAAUGAUGUAGAAUAUUUGAAACAAUUACCGGAAGAAUUAAAGAUUGAAAUUGUUUCUUUUAUUCCAACAUACAGCAGAUAUCCUUCCGUGUCUACCAUUCUCGAAUGUUACAGCGUUGGUGGAGGAGAACUUGCCUCUGUUCCAGAGGUUGAAUAUUUGGAUGUUUGUUGCUAUGGAAAACUUGUUAUUCAAACCUUGUCUAACAAUGGACUUGAUAUUACUGGUUUUGUUAUGAAAUGUUUCCUCUCAAUUGAUAGGAGAAUUUGGUUUGUUUACUCAUUGUUGGAAUCUCACAAUAGAUUUAUUCAAGGUGAAUGGGAUGGCAAGUUCAACUUGGUUGAAUAUCCUUUUUCACAUCCUCAAAAUGAUUACGAUUAUGCAACACAAUUUGGUGGCUCAUUUACUUUUGGAAAUAAUGAGAAUAAUUCAACUAAAUUUGAAUCAACUAAUAAUAAUCUUGAUUUGAGCUCUAUUGAUUUUAAUUCAAUCAAAUCCAUUGAGGAAGAAUUAAUUACAAAGAAUGAAUUCUCUCUCGAAACACCAUUUGAUAUUACUUGUCAGUCUAAGGAGAAACAAGUUGUUGAUCUAGUAGCGAAACAGAGUGUGAGAAUUGCACAAGUCUACAAUCAAUUCAGCCAUACAAAUAUGUCUGCAAGAAGCGACUUUUCCAAUAAUUGCAUCAAUGGUUCUAUUAAAACCCUUGCAAUUUCACUCUCAAGUACUACAUUUGUGAGUGGAAUACUUGAUCUACUUCCUAACAUUGAGCAUCUUACCAUUAUUCUUUAUGACAGUUUGGAGCUAUACCAUAGUUUGGCCAAUUUAAGAUUGACGAGCAGAACUAAUUUACAAUCAGUGAACGUAAUAGCACUAAAAAAUCUUAUAUGGAGCGAUUUUGCAGGAUUUUUUCCUCCUAAGAUUACUACUUUUUACACUUUCCUACAAGAUGGGCCAUUAAAUCAGUAUCAUGGUUUAGAGAUGUAUCUCGACGGUAAGCUAAUGCAAAACGAAUUUACCCAACAAAUUGCAACUGAUCCCUCUUUGAUUACACCGAAACUCUUUUUCAAAUCAUGUGACUUUAAAUUUUUCAAAGAAAUAGCUCACAAGUACACGCUCUUCCCAUUUAUAUCAGGAAUUAGCUUUUUCUUUAGGGUUAGCAAAUUUACUUCUUUGGAAGAACAAAAAUCCUUUACAAACUUUAUUGCCAAAAACUAUCCACUGGAGGGAUUUCAAGUGGAUGACUACAUUUUCCAAUCUUUAAUUAAGCAUAUUCCAACUCAAUCCCUUCUUGUAAAGACUUCAAAUAUUUCUGUUAGCAAUACCUUCUUUCAUACCCUACAUAUUGCCAUGAAAAACCCACAGUUAAGUAAUGACACCAUUUUAAAAUUAAUAGAAAAAGAGCCAGCAUUGGUAUUACAAGUGGAUAAUGAAAAUCUCACACCCCUUCAUUAUGCCUGUAGUGGUAGUAGUAAUAGAUGGCCUCUUAUUCCACACUUAGAGAAGAUUGCUGGUCCAAAUUGUUGGUUUGCAUUAGAUUCAAAUCAAAAUUCACCUCUUGAUUAUGUAAAACUUGUUACGGGAUCUUUCAGUCAUCUCUUUCCAUACGGACCUAGCCAACUGUUAUAGAUUUAGGAUUCAGAAACCAAAUCAUUCAAAUGUUGCACAGAAUCCUUAAAUGCCGAAACGUGUGGUCUCUCAGGUCGUUAUUGAUACAAGAGACAUUAAUAAACUUACUUUUAUUUAG